CUUCUUCCUCACAUCCUUGGUUUUGUUGACGUUGCACAUCACUUGCUCCCCAUAUCUUGUGCUGACUAUUGCUCUGCGAAUUAUAUCUUAGCUUUUUUGUACCACGCACACCACGUACAAGCUUUCAGAUUGCCGAGUCUGUGCUCCACAUGAUAACCUCCGAAGUUGACCCCAACGAAUGCCCUCACCGCCGUUGAACAUUCCUGACGACCGAGCCAGGCAGAAUGUAGAGGGCGGCAAUACCCGCUUUUCAGAUGUGUCGCUGACACACGAUGGAGCCGCUUCAAGCACGGAGUAUUUUGACAAACUGGAUGGAAAGAAUGAUCAUCUGGAGAAUGCGACUGCCAGCCCAUCCGCCAAACACCCAGCCAGACCGAGCCUGGCCCCUGGGAUCUCCUCAACAGCACGUCGGCCUUCGUUCAUAGACGAAGAGGAAGACCCCAUAGCGACGGCGACCGCUGCCACUAGACAGCCUGAAAAGUCCGACAAAGAAGCACCGGUGACAUGGAUGUCCUUGCCUAAGAAGGGACAAUUGGCCGUUCUGACCUUCGCUCGACUCUCCGAGCCACUGACGGAACGGUCUCUUGCGGCAUACUUGUUCUAUCAACUUCGGUCUUUUGAUCCAGACCUUCCGGACAGCACGAUUGCAAGUCAAGGCGGGAUGCUCACCGCCUCGUUCGCUGCAGCGCAGUUCGUUACGGCAGUCUGGUGGGGUCGGGCGGCUGAUACGCCCUGGAUCGGUCGCAAAAGAGUCUUGCUGGUGGGGUUGUUUGGUACCUGUAUCAGUUGCAUCGGAGUCGGCUUCUCAAAGUCAUUUGCUCAAGCAUUAUUCUUCCGAGCAUGUGCUGGCUGUCUCAAUGGAAAUGUGGGCGUCAUGAGAACCAUGAUCAGCGAAAUCAUCAAGGAGAAAAAAUACCAGUCGAGGGCAUUCCUUCUUCUGCCCAUGUGUUUCAAUAUCGGUGUGGUCAUUGGCCCUAUCCUCGGCGGUUUCCUCGCGGACCCGAUAUCCUCGUUUCCUGCCGUCUUUGGCCCGGGGUCUUUGAUAGGUGGCAAGGAUGGAGUUGGCUGGAUGACCGCCUUUCCCUACGCUCUCCCAAACGUGGUGAGCUCCAUGUUCAUCCUGGCCUCUGCCAUGCUCCUCGUGUUGGGUUUGGACGAGACCCAUGUCGCCUUGAAGGACCGACCGGAUUAUGGCCGAAGGCUGGGUAAGUAUCUAGUCAGGGUUCUCUUCCGUCGGGGUAAGCAAGAAUACGAAUACUCUGAACUGGGCAACCAGGUCGAGUUGCAGGAUAUCGACGAAGACGAUCAUUCACUGCAAGACAGAGAUCCUGAGUCGUCGACGCCCACGGCCACCAAACCCGCUUCUUGGAAACCAAAUCUAUCAUUCCGGCAAAUUUUCACCAGGAAUGUCAUUCUUACGCUCAUUAAUCACCACCUCCUCGCUAUGCAUAUAUCGGCAUUCAACGCGCUGGUGUUCUUGUUCCUACCCGCGCCCCGGUCGAACAACGCCCAUGCAAGAUUACCAUUUCUCUUCACCGGUGGCCUCGGGCUCAGUUCCGACCGCGUCGGCCUCGCCACCGCCAUCAUCGGCAUCAUCGGUUUCCCUCUCCAGAUUCUCCUCUACCCGUCCCUCAACUCGAAACUCGGCACCUUACCGAGUUACCGAUGGUUCCUCCCCUUUUCUGUCCUCGCAUACGCCAUCAUGCCAUAUCUGGCCCUCCUCCCGAACAAAGCAUACUUGGUCUGGCCCAGUCUCACCGUUGUCUUGGCUUUCCAAGUCAUAGCCCGGACAUUCGCUCUGCCGGGCUCGACGAUUCUUAUCAACAAUUGUACCCCGCAUCCGAGCGUGUUGGGCACAAUCCAUGGCUUUGCGCAGAGUGUCUCUUCUGGGGCAAGAACUCUGGGGCCUACCCUUGGAGGAUGGGGAUUGGGCCUGGGAUUAGGGGGAAAUUGUGUAGGGGCCGUUUGGUGGGUUAUGGCGAGCAUUGCCGUCUUGAACUGGUCGUUGCUUUGGGUUAUAUCGGAGGGAGAUGCUGGUGCGGCGGCGGCGGCUGCUAUGGGCGGCUGAAGUUGAAUUCAACAUCUUUGGUAUCGUUUUUGGUUUGGACAAGAGAUGUACAUGGAGAGCCGCUGGCCCCGAUGUACAUACAUUGUGGAUGGAAGCGAUGAGACCGGGGGCGUUUUGUUAUUGGCUCGAUGCUCCUGGGUAUUGCGAAAGUAUCCUCGACGGGGACAUGAUUGAUUGGGUAUAUAGACACGUCGAGCAGACUUAUACAUUCACAGGACGAGUGGAGAAGUUAGGGGAUGGAUGGAUGAAAUGGAAUGAGAUGACGACAGAGUGUCUUUAUGCAAUUCCGCCUGCUGCGGCAUGUCGUUCUCAUCCAGCUCGUCUGUGAAUUCCAAGCCUCGACUUCCAGUAGUGGCAGGCUGAGGGGACACGAAUGAAUGGCCCGGAAGCCAGCGGAGUAUAGGUAACGAUGAGGUAUUAGGGGACCGACCGAAUAAUAACCUCUCCC